AUGUUUAGUGAUCAAUGGCAUGUAAUUCUAAAAUCUUCAAUCAAUUUUUAUGAGAAGAGCUUAAAGCUAAUUCUGUUUUUUUGUAAAAUUCCCGGAAAAACUCGUCAAUUAGUUGAAGAAGGCGGUCACUCUAUUGGUGAUGUUGUAAGGCAGAUCAAUGGAGUUCCAGAUGGGAAUCAAAUGAUGGUAGAUCAUGCUAUGAACAACGUCGAGUCAAGUGGACCGCAACCAGUGGGUGUACCUAAAGCGUAUCGCUUUAAAACAAUAGUUAUCAGACCGACACCACGGUAUCGACCUGCGAUCGGAGUACCUUAUGGAUUUCAACAGCCCACAGAAGACCUCAGACCUGCAAGGCUACCUACUUAUAAAAUACCAGGAGCAGGCGCUGUUUACUUGCAUAACCCACCAGGAGAUGUCCGCUACGGUUAUGAUCAUCAGCCUAUUCAAUUUAAUAGGCAACAAGUGGAUCCAAGAUUUCAAGCGGUAGGAGGUCCAAAUCCAUUUCAGUUAAACCAAGGUCAACUGAAUGAAGUUAAUAUGAGAAAUCAAAUGUUAGCUGAGAUUGGUCCGAACGGACAACAAAUCAUCAAUAAUAUCAGACAGAAAGUUAAGACUACAAUGGAGUCAACUCAAUUUAGAGAAUCAAAAUCCAAUCUGAAUCCUAAUCAUGGUCAACAAGUCAAUCCAUCAAAUCCAGCAGCACAAGGUCAACCUCAAGCGCUUACUGAAGCGCAAACAACCAGAAAAGGAGAAGGGAAAUCGCCAUUAGGAGUCAAGAACGCCAACAGAAAAGUUGCAAACAAGAACAAAGACAAAGUUCUUACGAAACCCAACCGAGUCGAUUAUAAACAUUUUCAACCGAUAAAAAAUGUUCACGAAAGUAUCCAACCAGGAUAUAAAUCGAUCGUCAAUGAAUUUUCGAACGCAGAAGAUGAUGCAAUUUAUCCUAACCUAGCUCAAUUGUAUAAAAGAUCUAAGAUGUUACAGAACGCACCGCAAACCCAAGAGAAUCAAGUCAUGCUCGGACAAUUGAACACUGUAAUCAACGAAAGGCUUUUGAGACCCUUGGAUAUAGAAGAUGGUGUGCUCUCCAGAAAGUUUAAACCGAACUUACUUAACCUUUUGAAAAGUAGAAGGAAAUUAGACUUUAGAUCACCAAGGACCUUAAAAAGGAAAAAAGCGAAAUACUACAUUCUGAAUACGCUGAUUGAACAAGAAAUGAGGCAACCUAUAGAUACACCAAUGCCAUUAUGGGAUUUAUCUGAAUCGGUUGGAUCUACAACAGCUGGAGAUAAAUUGAAAUCGAAUGAAGAGGUAAAUUCUCAACUGAAAGAAAAGAACGUCGGGCCUUCAUUCAAUCAUGAUGCAGCCACUAAGAAGUUUCAAAGAAUUCCUACAUUCGACUUGAAUAAGGAACCGGAUGAAUUUGAAGACAAGUAA